AUGAAUUCUUCAAUGGACGGUAAUGUCAUCUUUAAACAUAAUCUAUCCUCAUCAGAAGAUAGUACAUCAGUAUCUACAUUUGCUGCGCCUACCAAAUCUCGUCGUGGUCGUAAACGUGUUACUGAUCCAAUAUUAGCUACACAAUUAAAACAUCAUCGUCGUUCACGUGCUAAUGAUCGUGAACGUACUCGAAUGCGUUUACUCAAUGAAGCUCUUGAACAUUUGCGUACAUUAUUACCAUUGGAAUCACCAGUUUAUUAUUCUUCAACUGAUUCAUCAACCAAUGGUCCUACUCUAGAAGAUAAAUUAACUAAAAUUGAAACACUUCGAACGGCUUCAGCAUAUAUUCGUUUAUUAACUGAUGUACUUGAAGAUAAUAAUAGUAAUACUUCAUCAUCAACAUCAAAUGCAUAUUCUUAUACUAUGCCAAAUACUCAACAACGACAACAGCAACAACAACAACAACAACAACAACAAGUAUAUCAACAUUCUUCUUAUUUUCCCUACACAUCAUCGUAUUCUUAUUAUAAUCCUUAUUGUUAA